AUGUGUGUUCGUGUUGAUGUUGUCGGUCAAGCCGCUACGUGGUUGAUAUACGUUUCACUGAAAGUGAACCGUAGUCAUACCGCCGUUCUGUAUACGUUUACUUUUUCUCGAUCAUUCAUUUCGUAUGGUUCCUUACGUGAAAUACGUGUCGUUUUACCUCUGAUGUACUUGAAUUGAAGACUGUCGUGAACACGUAUCAAUCGUCAUGGGUUUUAAAUUUUUAGAAGUAAUUAAACCAUUUUGCAGUAUAUUGCCAGAAAUUGCCAAGCCUGAACGAAAAAUCCAAUUUAGAGAAAAAGUAUUAUGGACUGCCAUCACAUUAUUCAUUUUUUUGGUGUGCUGUCAAAUACCUUUGUUUGGAAUUAUGAGUUCAGACUCUGCAGAUCCAUUCUAUUGGAUCCGUGUGAUUUUGGCUUCAAAUAGAGGUACUUUAAUGGAACUGGGAAUAUCUCCUAUUGUAACUUCAGGUCUUAUUAUGCAAUUGUUGGCGGGAGCCAAAAUCAUUGAAGUCGGUGAUACUCCUAAAGAUCGUGCAUUAUUCAAUGGCGCUCAAAAAUUAUUUGGUAUGGUCAUUACUGUUGGUCAAGCAAUUGUUUAUGUUAUGACUGGUAUGUAUGGUGAUCCUAGUGAAAUUGGAGCUGGUGUUUGCUUGUUAAUCAUCAUUCAGCUGUUUGUGGCUGGAUUAAUUGUCUUAUUGUUGGAUGAACUUUUGCAAAAAGGAUAUGGGUUAGGUUCAGGAAUAUCACUUUUCAUUGCCACCAAUAUUUGUGAAACAAUAGUUUGGAAAGCAUUUAGUCCAACUACUGUGAACACUGGCCGAGGAACUGAGUUUGAAGGAGCUGUUAUAGCUCUAUUCCAUUUAUUAGCUACAAGACAAGAUAAAGUUAGAGCACUAAGAGAAGCAUUUUAUAGACAAAACCUACCAAAUUUGAUGAAUUUACUUGCAACUGUUUUAGUGUUUGCUAUUGUCAUUUAUUUCCAAGGUUUCCGAGUUGAUUUACCUAUUAAGUCUGCUAGGUACCGUGGACAAUACAGCAGUUAUCCGAUUAAGUUAUUCUAUACAUCUAAUAUUCCAAUUAUCUUACAAUCUGCUUUAGUGUCAAAUUUAUAUGUUAUAUCUCAGAUGUUGGCUGUUAAAUUUCAUGGUAAUAUUUUAGUAAACCUAUUGGGUGUAUGGGCUGAUGUCGGCGGUGGUGGACCAGCUCGAGCAUACCCAGUUGGUGGAUUAUGCUAUUAUCUAUCUCCACCAGAGAAUCUUUCCCACAUUGCAGAAGAUCCAAUUCAUGCUAUUCUUUAUAUUGUAUUUAUGUUGGGAUCAUGUGCAUUCUUUUCCAAAACAUGGAUUGAAGUAUCUGGAUCAUCAGCAAAAGAUGUUGCAAAACAAUUAAAAGAACAACAGAUGGUUAUGCGAGGUCACAGGGACAAUUCUAUGAUACAUGAACUGAACCGUUACAUACCUACUGCUGCAGCAUUUGGAGGACUUUGUAUUGGUGCAUUAUCUGUUUUAGCUGAUUUCAUGGGUGCCAUUGGAUCAGGCACUGGUAUCCUGCUAGCUGUUACUAUCAUAUACCAGUAUUUUGAAAUAUUUGUUAAAGAACAGAGUGAAAUGGGUGGUAUGAGUACUCUGUUGUUCUAAGAUGUUUAACAAAUCAUCGAACAGUUUAUGAAAUUGUCGAAAAAUCACUGAAUCCCUAUGGGACAGAACUGUUGUCAUGGUCUUUGUGUGACUCAAAUUAUUCUGAAAAUAACUUUAUUUUUAAAACUAAUUUUUUUUCAUUGAUCAAUCGACAUACAGCUUUACAAAAUAAUAGUAUUUUA